AUGGAAGGGGCCAAAGAGUUUGGACUAAGAAAUGUGAGCUCGCAUUGCUCCAUUUCCGACAUGGACGACUACGACCUCUCACGCCUUCUCGACAAGCCCAGGCUCAACAUUGAGAGGCAGAGGUCCUUCGACGAGAGGUCACUGAGUGAGCUCUCCAUUGGCCUCACCAGAGCCGGCUUGGACAACAUUGAUAGCACCUACUCCCCAGGUGGAAGGUCUGGUUUCGACACUCCCGCUUCCUCCGCUCGCAACUCGUUCGAGCCGCAUCCAAUGGUUGCCGAGGCAUGGGAAGCUCUCCGCCGCUCUUUGGUCUUCUUUCGCAGCCAGCCGGUGGGCACCAUUGCCGCAUAUGACCAUGCCUCUGAGGAAGUUUUGAACUAUGAUCAGGUUUUCGUACGGGAUUUUGUACCAAGUGCUCUGGCUUUUCUAAUGAAUGGUGAGCCUGAGAUAGUUAAGAACUUCCUCUUGAAGACCCUGCAGCUUCAAGGGUGGGAAAAAAGAAUAGAUCGGUUCAAGCUCGGGGAAGGUGCAAUGCCAGCAAGCUUCAAAGUUCUUCAUGACCCUAUCCGGAAAUCAGAUACUAUCGUUGCAGAUUUUGGCGAGAGUGCAAUUGGGCGAGUUGCUCCUGUUGACUCUGGUUUCUGGUGGAUUAUACUGCUCCGUGCAUAUACAAAGUCAACGGGAGAUUUGACUCUGGCAGAAACUGAAGAUUGUCAAAAGGGAAUGAGGCUUAUAUUGACUCUAUGUCUAUCAGAAGGUUUUGACACAUUCCCGACUUUGCUUUGUGCCGAUGGAUGCUCCAUGAUUGAUCGUAGAAUGGGAAUAUAUGGUUAUCCUAUUGAAAUACAAGCUCUUUUCUUUAUGGCAUUGAGAUGUGCUUUGGCGUUGCUGAAACCUGAUGCAGAAGGAAAAGAAUUUAUUGAGAGAAUUGCAAAGCGUUUACAUGCCUUAAGUUACCACAUGCGAGGUUACUUCUGGCUUGAUUUUCAACAACUAAAUGACAUAUACCGUUACAAGACUGAAGAAUACUCGCACACUGCGGUAAAUAAGUUCAAUGUCAUUCCUGAUUCCAUCCCAGAUUGGGUUUUUGAUUUCAUGCCAUGCCGUGGUGGUUACUUUAUUGGCAAUGUCAGUCCUGCAAGGAUGGAUUUCCGAUGGUUUGCUUUAGGUAACUGUGUUGCAAUUCUCUCUUCUCUUGCAACCCCUGAGCAAUCAGUGGCUAUAAUGGAUCUUAUUGAAUCUCGCUGGGAAGAGUUGGUGGGGGAAAUGCCAUUAAAAAUAUGUUAUCCAGCAAUAGAAAGCCAUGAGUGGCGAAUCAUAACUGGUUGUGAUCCCAAGAAUACCAGAUGGAGUUACCAUAAUGGAGGGUCUUGGCCAGUGCUUUUAUGGAUGUUAACGGCUGCUUGCAUUAAGACGGGACGACCACAAAUUGCAAGACGGGCGAUUGAGCUGGCUGAGAGUCGUCUGCUAAAAGAUGCUUGGCCAGAAUAUUACGAUGGGAAACUAGGGAGAUAUAUUGGCAAACAGGCAAGGAAGUACCAAACAUGGUCGAUAGCAGGAUAUCUGGUUGCAAAGAUGAUGCUAGAGGAUCCGUCGCACUUGGGGAUGAUUUCUCUGGAAGAGGACAAGCAAAUGAAGCCAGUGAUUAAGAGAUCAUCGUCUUGGACUUGCUGA